AAUAUAAAAAAUAAAAAUCGACGAUUUUCACUUGUCUUCAACACAGUUAGAAUUUACAGGUAAGCUUAGAGCUUGUGGAACCUAAACAGAUCGAUCUGUGUCACAAUUCCAUUAAAAAUUCAUAUUAUAUACACAUAGAUAAAUCAUUAAUCUCAAAUUCCCCGAUCUGAUCGCCGACAAGGUUGUUAAUGUUGUGAUUUGGUUAAUCAGGGGAUUGAGAUUGUAGUAUGUCCUGGUUUAGUGCGAAGGUUUCUUUGGGGAAUUUUCCUGAUUUUUCGGAUGCGGUUAGUAAGCUGAGCGAGAGCGUUAAGAAUAUCGAGAAGAAUUUCGAUAAUGCUCUUGGUUUCGAGGAGAGGGGCGGCGAAGCUUCUGGGUCUUUGCCGUCAUCGGUUGAUGUGAAUGAUUCCUCUGAUACUGACGUGGACGUUGCUGGUAGUAAAAGCGAGGAAAGUAAGAAUGAACCAUCACAGCAUGCUGACUCCCUAAGGCCUGAAGCUCCUUCUGAUGAAAAAGAAGAGAUUGAGCCUGAGAGCUCAGCUGUUCUUGCAAGCGAACAAAUAUCUACCAAUGAAGAAGUAGAUGAAGAAAGAAUUGAAUCCGCUAUUCAACCAGAUCAGGGAGAAGCAACUGAUGUUGCCUCUAUUGAGGGAACAGAAAUUGUUUCUGAAGCUGAUGUUGAUUCACAAUCAAUGUCUGUCGGCAUGUCAGAGGCCAACGUUGAGCAUCUCAAGGAAUCAGAUGCCCUAAACCGUCUUCAGAAGGAGAGCUCAGAAACAGUUACUUCUGAAAAUUCAGAGUCAAGAGAAGGCAAGCCUAGUGUUAACGUUGAUGGAGCAGAGAGUGCUAUCAGUGGCCCAGAUGAAACGAAUAAUACUAGUAUUAUUCAUCAAGCAGAGAUCGCGGAGGAACACAAGACACAAGAUGUAGAGAAUGUUUAUUCUGUUAAUAAAUUUGAGGAGAAAGCAAUUGAUACCCAAACUGUAAGUGGUCCGGAGCCUCAAGUAUCUGAUUCUACGACUUCAGACGAGUCUAAAAGUGCUGAGAACAUUUCUAACAGUCCCCUGCCACAUGGCCAGCUCUCAGAAGACGCCUCAGAUAUGGUUCCUGAAAUGGUAUCGCACGAACAAGAUUCAAGUGCUAGAACAUUUGAAGUCAGUCAACAUGGAAGUGAUCAUGAAAUUAACAAAGGUCAAAAUUUUGGAAGUGACUCAUUGGAUGCUCAAGCUUCUAGGGCUGAGCUUGAGAAGAUUAAAAAGGAUAUGAAAAUGAUGGAAACUGCACUACAGGGUGCUGCUAGACAAGCACAGGCAAAGGCUGAUGAAAUUGCAAAGAUGAUGAAUGAAAAUGAACAGCUGAAGGCUGCACUCGAGGAUGCAAGGAGAAAGUCCAAUGAAGCCGAAGUUGAAUCCCUCCGAGAAGAAUACCAUCAGAGGGUGUCAGCUCUAGAAAGAAAGGUCUAUGCUCUGACCAAGGAAAGGGAUACUCUACGUAGAGAGCAGAACAAAAAAAGCGAUGCUGCGGCUCUGCUAAAGGAAAAGGAUGAAAUAAUUACUCAGGUCAUGGCUGAAGGUGAAGAGCUUUCAAAAAAGCAAGCUACUCAAGAAUCCUUGAUUAGGAAAUUAAGGGCACAGAUCAGAGAGCUUGAGGAGGAAAAGAAAGGAUUAAAUACCAAGCUACAGGUUGAAGAGAAUAAAGUUGAAAGUAUUAAGAGGGACAAGGCAGCAACUGAGAAGUUGCUACAGGAAACAAUUGAGAAACACCAAGUUGAACUUGGAAGUCAAAAAGAAUAUUAUACAAAUGCGUUGACUGCAGCUAAGGAAGCUGAAGCAUUAGCAGAGGCACGAGCCAAUAAUGAAGCCAGAACUGAAGUAGAGAGCCGUCUGAGGGAGGCUGAGGAACGUGAAACUAUGCUUGUUCAGGCACUUGAAGAGUUGAGACAAACUCUGAGCAGGAAGGAACAACAGGAAGUAUUCAGGGAAGAAAUGUUACGCAAGGAAAUUGAGGAUCUUCAAAAACGAUACCAGGCUAGUGAGCGUCGCUGUGAAGAGUUAGUUACUCAAGUUCCUGAUUCAACCAGGCCAUUGUUAAGGCAGAUCGAAGCUAUGCAGGAAACUACCAGCAGAAGGGCAGAAGCUUGGGCAGCUGUCGAGAGAUCCCUCAACUCUCGCCUUCAGGAAGCGGAAGGUAGAGCUGCUGAGGCGGAGGAAAGGGAGCGGUCUGUAAAUGAGCGCUUGUCUCAGACCUUAUCUCGAAUAAAUGUUCUUGAGGCUCAGAUCUCUUGCCUGAGGACCGAGCAGACACAACUUUCGAAGUCCCUCGAAAAGGAAAGGCAGAGAGCAGCUGAACAUAGACAAGAAUACCUUGCCUUGAAGGAGGAAGCAGACACGCAUGAAGGGCAUGUGAACCAACUUGAGGAAGAAAUUAAGGAGCUGAAGAAGAAACACAAGCAAGAGUUACAUGAAUCAUUGACACAGCGUGAAUUGUUACAGCAGGAGAUAGAACAGGAGAAAGCUGCCCGUUCAGAGGUGGAGAGGAUGGCUCGCCUAUCAUCUGCUGCAUCUGAUCAUAGUCCUAAGAAGCAGAGGUCCACUUUUGAAAAUGGUAAUUUAACUCGCAGACUCUCGAGUGCUAGCAGUGUGAGCAGCAUGGAGGAGAGUUACUUUCUGCAGGCAUCUUUAGAUUCAUCUGACAACUUAUCAGAGAGGAGAACUCUUGGAGAGCCUAUGAAUCCAUAUUAUGUUAAAAGCAUGACCACAAACGCUUUUGAAGCUGCCCUCCGUCAGAAAGAGGGGGAACUAGCAUCUUAUAUGUCUCGAUUGGCAUCCAUGGAAUCCAUUCGAGACUCUCUUGCUGAGGAGUUGGUUAAAAUGACAGAGCAGUGUGAGAAGCUAAAGGGAGAAGCUUCCCAACUGCCAGGUGUACGCGCUGAGCUUGAAGCAUUAAGGCGGAGGCACUCUGCAGCCCUGGAAUUAAUGGGUGAGCGCGAUGAAGAGCUUGAGGAACUUCGUGCGGAUAUCGUGGACUUGAAGGAGAUGUACAGAGAACAAGUAAACUUGCUUGUAAAUAAGAUCCAGGUAAUAGGUACUGCCGGAUAAAGUAAAGCAAAUUCAGGUAGCCUGUUCCAGCUAAAUGUCAUGUUGGUGAUAUAGUGUUACAAUAGUCUCCAUCUCUUAUACCUUUAAUUAUGUUUUGCUUUCCCUAUAAUGUACAUGUACACUGGAGAGUUUUUUCUUUCUUUGUAUCAUCACAUACGGUGCAAUGUUGUACAAGUUCCAAUGUUCAAAGAUGUGUGGCAAUUUUGCUUUAUAAGCUUCUUGUAUUUCUUCUAUAUAUUUGAUUAUGUACGGUUCCUAUUCAUUUGUGUUAGACC